UCGCACUAUUAAAAUGAGCACAAAUAUUAAUUACGUUUCUACUAAUAAAGCUCCUAGCCCCGCUGGACCUUAUUCUCAAGCUGUCGUAACAAAUGGAUUUGUUUAUGUAUCUGGACAAAUUCCCCUUGAUCCAGAAACACGCAAAAUUGUUAGCGAAGAUAUUAGGGAACAAACGAUUCAAACUUUGAAAAAUUUAGGAAAAGUAUUAGAAGCGGCAGGAUGUUCGUAUCAAAAUUUAAUUAAAACAACGGUUUAUAUCAAAGAUAUGAAUGACUUUGAUGUGAUGAAUAAAGCAUAUGGAGAGGUUAUUGGAGAAGCGCGUCCAGCUAGAGCAUGCGUUGAAGUGGCUAGGUUACCAUUAGACGUUAAAAUUGAAGUUGAUGCUAUUGCUUCAUUGAAUUCUUAAAAUUUCAUUUUAAUUUAUUGUAUUAUUAAAUUAUUAUUGUAUUUUUUUUUUUAUUGUAUCGAAUGUAUCGUUCUAAAUAUUGUAAGAUUGUAAAUCAUUGUUUAUGUUUAUUAUUUAAAUAAAAAUA